GCCUCCUGUGAUCUUGGGUGUAACAAAUCCAUUCUUUGCCAAAACAUUGCAGCACUGGCCACAUAUCAUAAGGAUAGGAGACAUGGGCUCCAUAGGGAGCUCACCUAAGCUAGCGAACAAAGUUAAGAAAGCUGCAGCAUUAAAGACACUGGACUCGAACCCAGGUGUAUAUACUCGCUACAAGUCUUAUCUAACCAAAGACAAGAUGAUACUUAAAAGACUUAUGAAAGGUGCAGCUCUCAAGAGGCCUGUGGAGGCCCAGAAUGCCAUAUUGAGGAGACAUCUUCUAGAACUCACCCAGAGCUUCAUGAUUCCUCUAGAAAGAUAUGUGGCAAGCCUGAUGCCUUUACAACGAAACAUCUCACCAUACAAGGGCCCACCAAAACUUCGACCAUUUGACACAGAUAAAUUUAUAGAAACAUUAGAACAUUCUGGUCCCCAGUUAACUUCAGGAAUCAAAGGCGAUUGGGAAUCUCUGUACAGACGUUUCUUCCUGUCUCCGAACUUUGAAGGUUGGUAUUAUCAGCGGCAAAAAGAAGUCAAUCAAAAAUUACAGCUGCUACACUUGGAAGCCCUCAGCAGUGCUAAUCUCUCCGAGUGGAUUAUUGAUAAAGAGGAAGUGGAGAUUGUUGAUCUCAUCUUGAAAAUAAAAGAAAAGCUUACUUUUGCUAGUCUCAACCAUGGCAUUGUUGGCAAGGAGAGUGUGUCACGUCUGCAGAAACAGUUGGAGGACAUUGUCUCCACUUUACCAGAGGAUCUGCAGACUGUGAUCAAGACAUGA